AUGCUCGAGCAGAUGGCGGCGUCGUACGACUCUCGCAGCGGGUUUACGGUCGCACGCGAUAAGCUCCUCGACCAGUCGCUCGCCUUCUUGAUGCAGCUGCCACCGACCGAGCUCUGCAGCACGACGCGCGUCACGAUGGCCGGCGAAGACGCGCUCGAUGCCGGCGGCGUCCAGCGCGAGUGGUACACGGUGCUUGCGCAGGCCAUCAUGGACGAGUCAGCCAAGCUCUUUGUGGUCACCAACACGCAGGACAACGUGUACAUGCUGCACCCGGGCGCAACGUCGCCAGACGAUUUGGCCAAGAUCGAGGCGGUGGGCCGCCUUCUCGGCAAAGCCAUCAUCGACGGCCAAGUGCUGCCGAUGCGGCUGUGCGUCCCGCUCUUCAAGGCGCUGCUGGGGUCGCCUGUGUCGAUGCGCGACGUCUGGUACAUGGACGAGACGACGUACAAGAGUCUGCAGUUUGUCGAGGCGACCGACAUGGUCGAAGCGCUCGCACUGGACUUUAGCGUGCUCGUGCCAGCCGUCGAUGGCGGCCACGACGUACUCGACUUGAUUCCAAGCGGCCGCCUGACCGACGUGACCAGUGGAAACAAGGCCAUAUACGUGGAUGCGAUGGUGCGGCAUCUGCUCUGCGGUCGGUGGUCGCAGCAGAUCGGACGUCUCGUCCGAGGCUUCUACACGGUGCUGCCGCCCGAGCUCCUCUCUGUGUUUGACUACAAGGAGCUGGAGCUCGUGCUCUGCGGUACGGCCGAGAUUGACGUCAGCGACUGGCGCACGCACACGAUCGUAUCGCGCUCGCUCCAGUGUACGAACGCGCUCGAGUGGUUCUGGGACGUGCUCGAGUUUGACAUGCGGCCAGAGGACCACGCAAAGUUUCUGCACUUUACGACCGGGUCGUCGCGCGUGCCAUUGCAAGGCUUCAAGGGCCUCACGAGCUACGACGGCAAGCUCUGUCUCUUCACGCUGCACGCGACAGCGUACACACGCGGGUGCCUCCCCAAGGUGCACACGUGCUUCAACCGCAUCGACCUGCCCUUGUACCCGAGCCGCGGCCUCAUGAAGGACGCGCUCUUUACACUUCUGCGGCUCGAGUCGAUGGCGUUUACCCUCGAGUAA